AUGGGAACAGCUACUUUCAUAGAUAUUCUUCUCGCUAUCCUCUUGCCUCCUCUUGGCGUCUUUCUCAGAUAUGGUUGCGGGGUAGAGUUUUGGAUAUGUUUGGUUUUGACACUGCUUGGAUAUCUUCCUGGGAUCAUCUACGCCCUUUAUGUCCUCACCAAAUAAUUCACCAUCUAUCCUCUCUUCUUGUAUCUUCAUCUCCUUGAACAGCUGUUUGGCCCGUGUUCUCCUCUACUCUCUCUGUGUGUGACUAGCUGAUACAUCGUUCCUUUCAUCAAAUGGUUUUAUGUUUCGAGUAACUUAUUGAUAAUUGUUGUGUUAGCGUUAUUAUGUAAUUUUCUGUUGAUAUAAAGAAGAUAUCUUUUGUUUUGUGUGAAUUUUAACUUGUUCGUUUUUUUUUAAGUCAUAUACUUUGAAACUGGAAAAUGUGUUGCCUUGGUGAGGCGGUUCAUAGGACCACUAUUAAGUCAAAACCUUACGUUAUAAACCCA